AUGGCGGAUGGAAGAGUUACAAAGCGGUCGUCAAAUGCUUGUGUGCGAUGCCGGAGGCAAAAGAUCAAAUGCUCCGGAUCGCAGCCUUGCGACGGCUGCAGCAAGCGAAAGCUUUCAUGUGUUUUCAAUGACCGCGAUCAGAAGAUUCUAGUGACGAGAGGAUACAUCUUGGAGCUGCAGCAGAAGAUCGCUCGCAUAGAGCAAAGCGAGAAAGGCCAAGCCAGUCCUUUUAGCUCUAACUUUGAGACCCAACAUACAGAUCCAAAAGAUGGCGGAAGCGUACCUCCGCUGGACAGGACUGCCACUCCGGAAAAUCAAGAUGACUCCCAGGAGCUGGAAGACCCAGAGUCUGGUCUCGCUAAUCCGUUAUCGAAUGGUCCCCCUGCUUUUAUGUCUGCGGCAAAUGGACGGACAUUCUAUCUUGGAACAUCUUCCAACUGGUCGUUCACUCGACGGGUUCUCAGCCUCGCUCACCAGCACUUUUAUCAGACAGCAUUGCCCACAGAGGCUUUAUUGUUUGACGAAACUACUUACCAGUUGGGUUGGAAUGGGCUACGAACAACCCCAGGCCCGGACAUGCCGAUUGUUCCGACUCGCGACCACACCAUGUAUUUGAUAAACGCAGUACAAUUCCGCUGCGGACAGCUAUACCAUCUCUUCGAAGAAUCAGAGUUUAUGAAUUCUUUGCAACAGUUCUACUCUGGUGAUGGAGAAGACAUGACAAAUAGCCUGUGGUAUAUUCACUUUCUUCUGAUCUUGGCUUUCGGAAAAGGAUUCGUUCAACCCAAGGCCCAAGGCAGAAAGCCACCAGGUGUAGGCUACUUUGUCAGAGCUCUGCAGCUCUUACCGGAUCCUAGUGCCCUUUACCGGGAUCCCAUGCUCGGCACGGAGAUUCUCUGCUGUAUCGCCUUAUAUUACCAAUGUGUCGACUAUCGCACAUCGGCACAUAACUAUAUUGGUCAAGCUAUGCGCAUAGCCAUGGCACAAGGAAUGCACACCAACAUGCCAGUUGAUGACCUCGGACAUGAAAUGGUUCAAAGGUGCGGUAAGAUCUGGUGGACCAUCUACAUACUCGAUCGAGAGAUGACAUCGUUGAUGGGACUACCUCAAACCAUCAAUGAUCGUUAUAUCCAAACCCAGAUACCAGAAUUUGCAGACGCGACAGAAACCAUGUCCCUCAGCAUGCACAUCAAACUGUCUCAGAUCAUUGCCGAGGUUAACAGUACAAUCUAUGUCAUCGACGGCCGCAUCAAGCGAACCUUUCUCCUCAGCACGAAAUCAGCCUUGGCAAAUAUAGCAGGACUAGCCGAUGAGCUUCGCCAAUCGUUCCCACUACACUUGGAACCAUCUAGCGGGGUGUCGCGACUAUCGGCAUACCUGCAUCUCCAAUACCAUCAGUGCAUCAUUCUCGCAACUAGACCCCUUCUCUUCUGUUUCCUCAAAAUCCGCCUUGAGUCUCCAGAGUGCUUCCUAGAGACCCUCAAUACCUCUCGCAAUGUGCAGAAUCUGAUGCAAAUGUGCCUUGAAUCUGCCCAUCACAUCAUAAGCAUCCUCAACAGCCUCCAGAGUCAAGGACUCCUAGAAACCUUCCUCCCCUUCGAUCUCGAAUCAGUCUUCGUUUCAACCGUCAUCCUGCUCAUCGGUCCCGCAAUCGACCCCCGCCUCCUCGAAACCCAUCCCACCUGGCUCGACAAAGCCUACUCAAUCUUCGACGAGAUGAUCGGAGACGGUAAUCAAGUCGCAAGCUUCCGAAGAGCAGAGCUACAGCAAUUAGACGAGACCUUGCUGGGUUGUAUAUCAGGCAGUCACCCCGGUCCGUUGGCAGCUCCUGCUUUCUAUCAGCAACCCGAUGGUUUGCCUCGCCCGUCAUCACCAUCAACGUCGAUUUCAGCGUCCAUCCAGCAGCCUGUGCGAUAUGACGCACUUCUGAGGCCGGUCCAUGAGCUGGAUGGGGAGUGUGACUUUGGUACGAUGCUGACAUCGGCUGAGAUCAUGGCUGUUGCGGAUUCUAUCGAGACAUUUGAUACUGAGUGGGUAUCUAAUGCAAUGGUGGAACAUAGUAUCUGGUGA